GUCACGGUCUUUAAUUAUUAAGGGUUCAAACUAAUUUGGUUCUGUAUACUACCGGUAUGAAUGUCCAAUUUAAAGUAAACACCCUGUGGCUCAACAAUUAAAGUUUGUGACUACAAAUGAGAACUUCUAGAUUCCAUAUAGGUAAGUUAAAACAGCAAAAGUGUGGCAACGAUAUUAUGGUGGCGCUUCCGCACUCUGUCGCUUGCUAGGUUGGUGCAGAGUUGGCUUAGCUUAGAUGGAUUUUUGUAUACUCUUAAUUAUUUUUUUCGCCCGAACAAAAAAAUUGACAACAUUCAGUUUACGAUUACUUGCAUUUCAUGAAAAGAAUACCUUCAAGAGUUUAACUGACGAGACGGUAUCUUAAUCUUGAUAAUAAACUUGUAGAUAUAAUUCGUCAUGAUACGAGAGUAAACUCAGUGUAAGUACAUUCCUUCUCCUUCAAACUUUAUGAUAGAAAUGAAGGAAAUUUUAUUUUUACCCAUACUGUUAGUUACCUUUUUACCGUUAUUGUUUGUUAAUCUAACAAGUUCAAAAAAGGAGUUAGAAUGGUGGGAGAAAACAAUUUUUUACCAGAUCUGCCCAAGAUCAUUUAUGGAUAGUGAUGGCGAUGGAAUAGGUGAUUUAAAUGGAAUCGCAUCUAAAUUGGAAUACAUAAAGGAGUUAGGAGUUGAUGCCGUAUGGAUUUCACCUUUCUUUAAAUCGCCUAUGUACGAUUUUGGGUAUGAUAUAUCUGAUUUCUACAGCAUCCAUAACGAGUAUGGUACUAUGGAAGAUUUCGACAAACUUAUGUUCAAAGCAAAAGAAUUUGAUAUUAGGAUCAUCUUAGACCUGGCACCAAACCACGGCAGCAAUGAAAGUUUAUGGUUUCAAAAGGCUCUUGAAGGCGAUAAGAAAUAUUUCGAUUACUUUGUAUGAGAAGACGGAGUAGUUCAUGAAAACGGAAAACUGCAUCCACCAAAUAAUUGGAUUAGUGUCUUUCGCAAAAGUGCUUGGGAAUAUAGAAAAGAAACUGGUAAAUUUUACCUCCAUCAGAUCACCACUGCUCAACCAGAUUUUAACUAUCGAAAUCCUAACGUAGUUGAGGAGAUGAAGAAUAUUAUUCGCUUCUGGCUUGAUAAAGGUAUAGCAGGAUUUAGAGUAGGGGCAAUUAACCAUCUGUUUGAAGUAGACAAGGAUAAACAUGGUGGGAAGUAUCCUGACGAACCUCUGUCUGGUAAAAGCCUUGAUGAUCCACUCAAUCAUGCUUACCUGAAUCACAUUUAUACGAAAAACCAGCCUGAAUCUUAUGACAUGGUUUAUCAAUGGCGUGAUAUUUACGACGAAUACCAUGCAAAAGAUGGAUUUAGUAGAGUAAUGAUGAUUGAAGUAUAUUCAACGCCGCAGGAUACAAUGAAGUAUUUUGGCGAAGGUGGCCGCAAUGGAGCUCAUAUUCCCUUUAACUUUGCCCUAAUUACUGAUGUCAAUGGAAAAUCUACUGCAAAUGAAAUUAAAUAUGCUAUUGAUAAAUAUUUAACUUUUAAACCUAUUGAUAAAUUGGCUAACUGGGUGAUUGGAAACCAUGAUCAAAGUAGAGUUGCGUCUAGAUACAGUCCUGAGUUAGUAGAUUCAAUGAAUAUGCUGUCAAUGUUACUUCCAGGAAUUAGUGUAACAUAUAUGGGCGAGGAAAUCGGAAUGGUAGAUGGUUAUGUCAGCUGGGAAGACACAGUGGACCCAGGGGGCUGCAAUUCUGACGAUCCAAUUAAUUACUGGAGAUAUUCUCGUGAUCCAAAUAGAACUCCAUUUCAGUGGAACUCUGGCAAAAAUGCUGGUUUCUCCACUGCAAAUAAGACAUGGCUACCAGUCGCAGAAGGCUAUGAAAACCUGAACGUUGAGGCACAGCUGGGAAUCGAGCGGUCACAUCUGAAUAUUUACAAGAAACUUGCUCGUCUUCGUAGAGAACCCGUGUUUAGAUUUGGAAGAUUUGAGUCGGUUGCUUUGAACAGCGAUGUGUUUGCUUUCAGAAGGUCGCACGAUGGUGAGACAUUCGUAAUUAUUGUCAACUUUAGAGAUGAAGUCUACACUGUUGACUUAAGUUACUUCGAGAACGUCGUUGGUGAUCUUGAGGUCAUUAUAGCCAAUGAUCACUCACAGAGAAGCAACGGUGACAUUAUAGAAGCAACUAACGUGAGAGUGGUCGGAAGAGAAUCCUUGGUGCUAAAAGUUAGAUAAGAAGAAAAUUCAUUUCAAAUAUUUGGAACAAAAUAUGUUUUGUAUUCAUGAUAUA